GAAACAGCUGUGCAGUUACUAACCAAUAACAAUCCGAGGAAACACCUCGGAGUAUAGAUUCCCAAGCGUUAUUCAAACACAACGUAUAACAUCAACAUCAAACCAUCGCUGUUGCAAUGCAAUGCCUCUCAGAGCACUUGGUUUCCCGUGAGCGAAGAGAUGCGUCUGUAUUUAAAGGCGUGUACCUGUAGGACUAGGCAUGGACUGAACGAGCCUUUUGGAGUCACUUGUGGAAUUUUGGGCUCACGCACGGGACGAUGCCUUAUCUAACUAAACCGCUGCUUUUACUCUUCUGUCUAGUCCUUACCGGGGAAUGCCGUAAGCACGGACACCGAAUACGUAGAUGGACGGGAACCGUGGAGACGGCAAGGAAUGGCCCAGAGUCAGAAAAGCAUGGACCAUCCUUGGCAAAAAAGCCUCCAGAUGUGACCAAGAAUCGCAAGUUGAAGUCAGACCAGCUUCUGAAAGUAGAUGAUCAUGAUUUCACCAUGAGGCCGGCUUUUGGAGGCCCUGCUAUCCCAGUUGGAGUUGAUGUACAGGUGGAAAGCUUGGACAGCAUUUCGGAAGUAGACAUGGACUUUACCAUGACCCUGUACCUGAGACACUAUUGGAAAGACGAGCGCCUGGCCUUUACCAGCUCCACCAAUAAGAGCAUGACGUUUGACGGGCGCCUGGUGAAGAAGAUCUGGGUUCCUGAUGUGUUCUUUGUCCACUCAAAAAGAUCCUUCAUCCACGACACCACCACCGACAACAUCAUGCUCAGGGUCUUCCCCGAUGGACACGUCCUUUACAGCCUUAGGGUGACAGUGACAGCAGCCUGUAACAUGGACUUCAGCCGCUUCCCUCUGGACACACAGACCUGCUCACUGGAGCUGGAGAGCUAUGCCUAUACGGAUGAGGAUCUGAUGCUGUACUGGAAGAGCGGGGAUGAGUCCUUGAGUACAGACGACCGUAUCUCCCUGUCUCAGUUCCUCAUCCAGAAGUUCCACACCACCUCUCGUCUGGCAUUUUAUAGUAGCACAGGAUGGUACAACCGUCUGUACAUCAACUUCACCCUCCGGAGACACAUCUUCUUCUUCCUGCUCCAGACCUACUUCCCCGCCACUCUCAUGGUCAUGUUAUCCUGGGUGUCCUUCUGGAUUGACCGCCGGGCCGUUCCAGCACGCGUUUCCCUGGGAAUCACCACAGUGCUUACCAUGUCCACUAUUAUUACUGGAGUCAACGCCUCAAUGCCCAGGGUGUCUUACAUCAAGGCUGUGGAUAUCUACCUGUGGGUCAGCUUUGUGUUUGUCUUCCUGUCUGUGCUGGAGUAUGCUGCCGUCAACUACCUUUCCACUGUACAGGACCGCAGGGAACGCAAGAUGAGAGAUGAGAUGAGGGAGCGGGCCAGGUCACAGUCGCUGCCCUGUAACUGUGGCAUGUCCCAGACCAGAACCAUGAUCCUGGACGGUACCUACAGCGAGGCGGACACCAACAGCCUGGCCGGCUACACCUCAGGACACAUGGGGCCCGAGGAAGACGUGGAGAUGCCCCGCGAGGUGAUGACCGAGAAGCAGCCUCCUGGGGAACACAUGGUGGUUCAUCUGUCAGUCAGCAGUGAGUCAACGGCCACCAAGAAGAAAGGCAUACGGGCCCUGAGCAUCAUCCAGAACACGCACACCAUCGACAAGUACUCCAGGAUGUUAUUCCCCGGCUCCUAUAUCCUGUUCAACAUCAUUUACUGGUGUUCCUACUGUAUAGGAGCAUGAGGUCAACUACUUAGGUCCCUGGCCUAAAGUAAUGCACUAUAUAGGGAAAAGGGUGCCAUUUGGGACGUGGGCUGUGUUCAUCCAACCCUUGGUUUACAUGGACACUUGAUACCAAUUGCCAAUAUUUGAGAUGAACUAUCGAUUAGGAAAAGACCCAUAUGAGACUGAUCUAGAUGGGUCUGUUCUUAGGAUGUACAGUAUGUUAAGGUGAGGGUGACUCACUCGUAAAAGGAUGAGGGAUUGUCAGAGUUCCGAGAGACUGAGUGCUGGUGGGUUUAAGGAAUGAAUGACUAAACUAAGGGAAAAGCACCAAAGAGAGACUGAAGCCUUUCAUUCGCUUUUGUACAUUUCUUUCAAUAGAUUUUUCGGGGUAUUGACUGCUUCAACUGUGUCUCAGCUGUUGUUCAAAACUCUUCUGUCUAGAGAAUCCUUAUUUCAACAUGUUUUUGUUACCUGGUCUGGGCAUUUGGCAGAUGUAUGUCAAUAAUGUUGUUAGCUUUUCAUUAAGGUCUAUUUCACUAAGUAUUAUUUCAGUCUGUUGAAACAGCGUGGUGUUUGACAGAGUGGAAGUAAAUGUGUCUCAAAUGGCACCCGAUUCCCUUUCUAGUGCACUAUUUUGGGCUGUGGUCAGUGCACUUUAAAAGCAAAGGGGUGCGAUUUGAAGGUGCAAAAGUAAAGUGGUCUGGGUUAUAGGUUCUGCUACUAAUGUAUGUAAAAACUAUGAUGUAACAUAGUGCUAUUGUACAGAAUUAUGUAGGACUACAAUGUAAAUACACCUAAAAAAUUGUACAUAUAUCUAAAGACAAUGUGGCUCAUGGAAUGAUGGUUAGUGGAAUUUCAAACCAUUAGGGAUGUCCUAUGUGAUCAGCCAUCGUAUUCUGAGGAGCUCAUGUAGAGCCGAGAUUACACAUGGCUUGAGAUAGGGUGUGUCCCAAACGGGCCCCUAUUCAGUAUGUAGUGCAACGAAGGGCCCAUAGAGGUCUAAUAAAAAGUAUCGCACUAUGCAAGGAACAGGGUACACAUUGGGACACAAUCAUUGGCAUCUUAAAAGUAUAUUGUUGAUUUUCAAAAGUGAAGAAAAUCAUGUUUUAUUUUGACCAAUUCUGGCAUUACUUGUCAGGUGAGGAACUAGAAAUGAACAACUGUUAGUAAACUGUGGUUUUGUGUCAAACUGUGGGCAGAAGUAAGCUUUAAGUAAAUGGAUUUGUAAGUUACUGAGUUUCUUCACAGGAAUACAGUGAGCAUUAAUGCGUUUUAUGAAUCCAUCAAUUCCUUUAGCAAUUCUAUUUUCAAUAAGGGGUAAUAAGUAACUUAUUUUCCUGUAGCAAUAUGUUAAUAUUGUUGAGGAAGAAAAACAGAAUGUAUUUGCAUA